UGUGCGUGUCGCGGCGCGCGGCGCUGCUGUGCGCGCAGGACGCGCCGCUGCGCCUGCUGGCCGCCGCCAACUGCUACCGCGCCGGCUGGAUAGAGGAAGGUAUAGAGAUGGCAGAGGAGGCGCUGGCGAUAGAGACGGAGAAGAACGGGCCCGUGCUGGCGCGCUGCCACCUCUACGUCGGCAUCGGACACCAGAUGCGUGCGCAGAAACUAAACGGACGCAUAGACAAGGAGGCGGCGAGCGAGGCCAGCCUGCGGCACCUGGUGCAGGCGGCGCGCCUCGACGACAACGACCACCUCGCGCUCUACCACCUCGCGCUGCAGUACAUGCACCUCGGCAUGCUCAACGAGGCCAUGGACGCGACGCGGUCGUGCCUGAGCGUGCGCGCGGAGUGCGGCGGC